AUGGCGAGCCUACUGGACCUGUGCGAGCAGUACUUCGGCGCCCGUAACUUCUACGACGUGUUAAAAAUAUCGAGGACCGCGAACGACAAGCAAGUUAAGAAGGCUUAUCACAAGCUGUCGCUGCUCGUGCAUCCGGAUCGCGUCGAGGAGGCCAUCAAGGUGGAGGCGACGGAGAAGUUCAAGGUACUCGGCAGAAUACACUCGAUCCUCAGUGACACGGAGAAGCGCAAGAUUUACGAUGAGUCCGGCGAGUACGACGAAGAGAGCGAGGAGGUCGUGAUGCGCAACUGGGCGGAUUACUGGCGGUCCUUGUUCAAACAAAUCACCGUUGAAGACAUCAAUAAUUACGAGAAGAAUUACAAGGGUUCGGAGACUGAGAUCAAGGAUCUCAAGAGAGCGUACACGGACAGUAAGGGAGAUAUGGACUAUAUUUUGGAAGCUGUUCCAUUUACAAACUGUGAUGAAGAACCUAGACUGCAUGCCAUAAUUGAAGAUCUAAUAGAGAGAGGCGAGGUCCCCGAAUAUACGUCUUUCACUAAUGAAAAUGAUAAGAAAAAGCAGCGCAGGAAAAGAAAGGUGAGGUAUCAAGUUCCCUUUGUACAGCCCAGUGUGAAACUGUGUUGA